CAAUCCUUUACCUGUGCUUGCUAUUCAAAUCCGACGACGACGCAGUCCUACAAGAACCCCAGCGUCGUCUAGGAGCUACUCACUGCUUGGCCUUGUCUCGCUCUCCCUGGUCUUGCUGUCGUGUCUCACUCGUCCUCGUCACUCGUCCCCGCGGUCAUAGUCAUAUGACAUCGCGUGACACCGAAUCCUCUUCUCAUAAGCACCACUACCACCGCUCGCACGACGAGCACCACAAACAUACUGACGGAGACCGUCACAUCACCUCUGGCUCUACUUGUGCGUCUUGCUCCCAAACUCUCGCCAAAUGCACAUCCUCCCUGACGAAAGACUGCGCCGCUCCCCUCCAUCAGCCACUCGCGUAACUCACCACAAGAAACACGAUAGACACCCGUCUCGCGACAAUAUCAGUAAGAAGGAUUCUCAGAAGUUCAGACCGUGUAAACUCAAUAUCGACGAAAUCAACAGUAUGUCCGAACAAAGAGAGCACCAGAAGCCUCACUUUCUCGAUGAGAGUACCAAUGCGCGGUCAAAGAGUAUCACUAUAGCCGACGGACCCUUUACCCAUGGGAUGCUGAAUCAACUCCCAGCAAUGUCGGAAGCAGGGCAUCCCUUUCUCGUUGGUGUCAGUGAAGAUCGCGGGCAACGACGGACGAUGGAGGAUGCGCACUCCUUCGUAGUCGACUUUGCAGGGGUGCGAGGCCAAGGAUAUUUCGCCAUUUUUGAUGGUCAUGCUGGCAAGCAUGCCGCUGAAUGGUGUGGAGCACACUUCCACGAGGUACUGCUCGAUUCUCUCGCCAAACACCCUGAUACCCCGAUACCCGACUUGCUGAACCUUACUUUCCAAAAUGUGGAUAGAGAACUGUCUCGGAUAGCGGAAUCUGGCAAGACGCAUUCUGGUUGCACUGCUGUAACGACCUUCUUGCGGUUGGAAGAUGCCAAGAAGGGCGGUCAGGCUCUCUCACACAAAGCUGUGGAAGCACUCGCGGGGGGUGCAGUCGAUGAUGCCGUCACGAAGCUUGCCGAUAAAGCGCGUCAUGGACCAGAUGUGCAAGAGACGGUCGAGCUCGGAAGUGCGAGGCGGACUAGGAAAGUGUUAUAUACUGCCAAUGCUGGAGAUGCCCGCGCAGUGUUGUGCAGGGAUGGGAAAGCGAUCAGGUUGACGUAUGAUCAUAAGGGAAGUGACCACAUGGAAGCGAAGCGCAUUACGGAUGCAGGAGGAUUCGUGAUGAACAACCGCGUUAACGGCGUCCUUGCUGUCACUCGGUCUUUGGGCGAUUCCGCAAUGAAGGAGUUCGUGGUGGGAUCGCCAUAUACCACGGAAACAGAAUUGGGUGAGGAGGAUGAAUUCAUAAUAAUCGCUUGUGAUGGGCUAUGGGAUGUGGUCGAGGACCAGGCGGCUGUUGAACUUGUCCGGCAUGUGCAGGAUCCACAAAAGGCCAGUGAGAUCCUGAAGCAGCAUGCGCUCGAUAACUUCUCUACCGACAACAUCUCCGUUCUGGUUGUUCGGUUUUAUCAUGAUCGGAACACAUGACGAUGGAUUCCGACUGGAGGGUAGUUCGUAUCAUUAUCCUGCAGAAAACCACAUUACCAUCAAUUCCUUUCUGACCAUUUCGGUGUCUCCUGGUUUCUCGUGACGUGCUACAGAGGAAAUCCUUAGUUGCCUAGUUCAAUUGUAGUAAUAAUCCAGGUGCUUCGCAAGAAUUACCGACGAUCGAUUGGGCCUAAGAUUCAAUAAG